CCAGUCCCAAUAGUAUUUCCCUUCGAAGGUCCGCAGAAGUUUCUCCAGUAAUCCAAUUUACUACGUCCUUUCAAAGGCAUCGAUGACGACCCGAAUCGCGCCUGGCGUCGGAGCAAACCUUCUAGGCCAACACUCAGCCGAGCGCAACCAGGACGCCACCGUUUACGUUGGCAAUCUCGACACUAGAGUAAGCGAAGAAUUAUUAUGGGAGCUGUUUGUGCAAGCAGGUCCUGUUGUCAAUGUGUAUGUUCCCAAGGAUAGAGUCACAAAUGCUCAUCAAGGCUAUGGCUUUGUGGAGUUCAGAAGUGAAGAAGAUGCUGAUUAUGCAAUUAAGGUUCUAAAUAUGAUUAAACUACAUGGGAAGGCAAUUAGAGUUAAUAAGGCAUCUCAAGAUAAGAAAAGUGUUGAUGUGGGAGCUAACCUGUUCAUAGGAAACCUUGACCCUGAUGUUGAUGAAAAACUUCUGUAUGACACUUUCAGUGCUUUUGGAGUCAUUGUUUCAAAUCCAAAGAUAAUGAGAGAUCCAGAGACCGGGAAUUCCCGUGGUUUUGGCUUUAUUAGCUAUGAUUCUUUUGAGGCUUCUGAUGCAGCCAUAGAGGCAAUGAAUGGUCAGUAUCUUUGCAAUCGUCAGAUAACGGUGUCUUAUGCAUACAAGAAAGACACAAAGGGGGAGCGUCAUGGAACUCCUGCUGAAAGAGUUUUGGCUGCGAGUAAUCCAACUGGCCAGAGAAGUAGGCCCCAUACCUUGUUUGCAAGUGGACCUCCUAUGCUUCCUCCACAUCCCAAUGGUACGGUCAGUGCUCCAGUGCCGCCGCGGUCUUUUGCAAAUGGCAGUGUUCCUCCACCCCCCAUCCCAGCACUCCGUCCACCACCACCACAACCUCCACAGGCUGGUGUUUACCCCCCCAUGCAGAUGACCGGACCACCAUCCUGGCAGGGACAGCCACCACAACCUGGUCAAAUUGGCAUGGGUCUGCCACCAAUGCAGCAGUUCAGGAGCAUGCCUCCACCACCACCUCAACAAGUUGCUCCUGGUCUAGUUAGGCCCCCUCCACCUCCAUCUGGACUUGUUGCUCCUCCUGUUUGGCGGCCACCACCUCCUCAGCACCUCACUGGCGGACAACAUUCUAUGCCACAGAUGUCAAUGCCCCCUCCACCACCACCACAAUGAGGUGGAAACUUAUGGAGGUUUCUAGAUAAUAGCUCAAAUAACUUUUGACACUCUUUUCCUUGUGGCAUUUUGUUCCAUUACUACAUUAUUGCAUGUAAAAUUCUGAGAGAACAGGCAUGAUUAUUCUUAUGGCAAGUGCCUGGCAUGUAUCCUUAACCUACUAAGUAAUUGCGAAGAUUUUUUGAGGACUGUAAAUAUAGCUUUUGUCAUCUGUUUGUUUAGAGAAGUUGUUUUAGGCACUGGAGAAGUUCUAGGAUUCAACUGAACACCGGAUAUAGCUCGUAGAAACCUUCAGUUGUGGUUUCUAUAGUUUCCUACGUAUUAUUAGCCAAGUCUUUGAUCC